AUGCACUUCUCUCUCAAGAGCCUCGGGAUGAUCUCCCUCUUCGUCAUAGCGGUCUCCGCCUCCAACUUUGCUCAAACCUGCGAGAACAUCGAAAGCUUCGGCACAACUCUCCAAGCUGAUUGCCGUGAAAAUGAGAACGGCUCUCUUGCUCCCAGCAGCAUGGAUCUUAACCAGUGCAUCAAGAACAACAAAGGAUCCCUCAGCUGCGGAAAGAAUGGAAACUACCAAGGAUCUUGCAUUAACUGCAGCCUCCGGGGCAACACCGAGAUGGAGUGCAUGUGCCGCAAUGUGGCUGAGGGCCACAGUUUUGUUCGCACUCAGAUUGACCUAAACAAGUGUAUCAGCAACAACCACGGACAGCUUGGCUGCUAA